AAAGCCCAAAUAUUGCUAAUUAGUAUUAUCUAUCGUGUCAGAAGCAAAUUGAGAAUACAGUUGUAAUGUAUUUUUAAAAUUCACAAAGUUAAAAACUUGGCCACUUGGAGUGUCUGGUGUCACAGUGAGAAGGUCCUCCAUUGUGCAUGUAGCAGGGCUCAGAUAGCAUUGUAGUAAGUGGUCUGUGGUUUGCACUUCUCUACACUCACAUGUCGUGGACUCCACUUUGAAGCCCAAUUUCUUAAGAUUGGUUCUGCACCUCAUAGUGCUGGAGCUCAGUCUGUUCAGCGCCUUCCAAGUCACCCAGUCUUUUGUGUGCCCAGGAGGGAGUUUCUCAUCCAGUCUCCGCCACCAAUUGAGGUUCCGGGUUUUAGUCUGCCACUUUUGGACUCUUACUUGCUGGUGUGUUCCUGUGAGUAUAGAGGCCACAAAUCCCCUAUCUUCCUAUAUAUUAGGAAGAACCCAGGUCGAGAUGCCCCAGAAUUAAAGCCCAAACAGUUCUUCUACCAAGAGGCUUUUUUUUUGUUACCUUGGAUUUUGCAAGCAAGGUAUAGUAGCCUCAAAAGUACCGGAGAAGUUAAAGAGUUGAGGUGAAUGACCACGUUCCAGAAGCAUUCUCUCCUGACAUUUUGCCCACAUCUAUGGCAGGCAUCCUCAAAGGUUGUGAGGUUUGUUGAAAAUUAGACAAGUGAGGUUUAUAUAUAUGUACCUGUGGAAUGAUGUCCAGGGUGGGAGAAAGAACUCUUUGUCUGUUGGAGGCCAGUGUGAAUGUUGCCAUUAACCACCUUGAUUAGCAUUUAAUAACCUUGCAGCUUCAAGGCAUGACUGCUUCCUGCCUGGGAAAAAUCCUUCAUCAAGGAACAUGAAAGCUGCUGCAGACUAACUCAACCAUAGAAGUCAGUCAUAGCAGAGCCCUUGAUCAACCAACCUGGACACAGUAUAUUAUUUGAGAAUACAGAAAUGCUGGACCACUCCCAUAACCACCAUGUCAAACUACACAGAGAAGCCAUUGAAAUCCACAAGAAGCAAGUUGGCAAUUCCAACAGAAAGGAAGAAACCAUGAAAAUGAAUAAUAUCUGGUUUCCAGUAUUUAAAAAAAACUCUAACAUCUGGGCAGUAAAUAAAGAACAACAAACAGGGGAAUACCAGACAAGAAUCAAUCGGGCCAGCUAACAUUUCUCAACAAAGGAUUACCCCAAGCAGGAAUCAGACAGGCUUUUAAGCUGGAAGGCUGUUCAAUGCUAAUUAAGGUGGUUAAUGGCAACAUUCAUACUUGCCUCAAGCAGACAAGAGUUCUUUCUCACACUGUGGACAUUCCAAAGAUAUAUAAACCCCACUUGCCUAGUUUCCAACAGACCUCACAACCGCUGAAGAUGCAUGUCUUAGAUGUGGGCGAAAUGUCAGAAGAGAAUGCUUCCGGAACAUGGCCAUACAGCCCAAAAAAAAUCCCACAACUCAGCAAUUCAACAUAGGGCCCUUCCACACAGCCCUAUAUCCCAGAAUAUCAAGGCAGAAAAUCCCACAUUAUCUGAGUAUGGACUCAGAAAACAAUAUCAAAGCAGACAUUGUGGGAUUUUCUGUGCAGAAGGGCCCAUAAUUUGUGGCAGCCACAAAAACUGUUUCUGGAGAAUAACAACUACAGUAGAGUCUCACUUAUCCAAGCUAAACGGGCCGGCAGAAGCUUGGAUAAGCGAAUAUCUUGGAUAAUAAGGAGGGAUUGAGGAAAAGCCUAUUAAACAUCAAGUUAGGUUAUGAUUUUACAAAUUAAGCACCAAAACUUCAUGUUAUACAACAAAUUUGACAGAAAAAGCAGUUCAAUACGCAGUACUGUUAUGUUGUAAUUACUGUAUUUACGAAUUUAGCACCAAAAUAUCACGAUAUAUUGAAAACAUUGACUACAAAAAUGGCUUGGAUUAUCCAGAGGCUUGGAUAAGCGAGGCUUGGAUAAGUGAGACUCUACUGUACUUUCAAAGUAAGUACUGCAUAAUAAAUAACAGGAAAUAACACUUUCAAACAAGGAACAGGGAAAAAGUAUGCAAAUUUUGUAAUGGGAGUUAUAGUUUUGCAAAGUCCUGAGCCUUCUCUGCUGGGGCCACAGUAAACUGCAGCUCCCAUGAUUCCCUAACUUUGAUAGAGAAUGCCAAACUUCAUUAGAGGCACUCAGUCUCUGUCUAGAAAACCUGGAAAAUGUUGCUUAUCUUAAGGUGCACCUACACUGUAGAAUAAAAGCAGUUUCGUCACUGCUUUUGAAAACCUGGGAUUUACAGUUUCCUAAAAACCUUUUAAAUUGUACACUGAUGCUUUUAUGUUACGCCGCUUUGAGCCUCCUGCAGGAGAGAUAAAGCGGUGUAUAAAUAAAUAUAAUAAUAAUAAUAAUAAUAAUAAUAAUAAUAAUAAUAAUAAUAAUAGCAGCUUUCUGUCUGAUGGGGCCUCAUCAAACUACAACUCCCAGGAUUUCAUAGCAUGGAGUGAAAGCAGUUGAAGUUGUGUCCAGACUGCAUUUAUUUUACAGUGUAUCAGGCAUGGGCAAACUUUGGCCCUCCAGGUGUUUUGGACUUCAACUCCCACAAUUCCUAACAGCCUACCGGCUGUUAGGAAUUGUGGGAGUUGUCGUCCAAAACACCUGGAGGGCCAAAGUUUGCCCAUGCCGGGUGUAGAUGCAACCCAAGAGCAGAAAUCCAGAAUGGUGAGAGUCCUAGAGGCUCCCCAACCUGAACUUAGCUUGGGAAGAAAGCAGCCAAUCAGAGCCUAUUAGAAAACCCACCAAUGGCCGCCAAGAACCCCACGCGCCCCCUCCUCAUUGCAUUGGGAAUAAAAGCAGGGCAUCCCAGGCUCAGGUUCAAACCGCAUCUUGGUUGGAGGAAAUUCCCGACAAACCCCACAGCCCUUCCGAAAGGUAAGUCGCCUUCUUCCUCCUGCAAACCUGGAGAGAGGAUAAUUAUUCGGGUGGGUUUGAUUUAUUUAAUUUAUACCCCGCUUUUUCUCCCAGUGAGUCGGACACUUAUUGGAGUCUCUCCUCCUCUCCUGCUUGUCCUCAUCACAACAAUCCAGAGCCAGAAACCUCAACAGCCAGUCUCUUUGGAUAAGCAGCUCUUCUCCAUCUCUAUCUUUCAGCUAUAACCGGGAAGAGAAACUUUUUGCGGGGGUUGCUGCCAUCGUAUUUCCAGCUCCACACCCAAGUUUGAAAAGAGAAGCAUGUCUCGGAGUGGCAAGCGCAAGAUCUCUCAUCAGACCGGCAGAUUGGCAAGGAGGGUGAUGCGACGCCGUGUCCGCUACAUGAAGCUGUCUCUCUCCAAGAUGUCUGACUUGCAAAAGAGUCGUUGCGAGGACAUGCGGGUUCAUGUCCUCCUGAAAAACACCUACCUUCACCUUAAGAACAACAUCACCACCCAGUUCCCAAGUUGGGGCCAAGGAGAAUCAGCCCACGACCCCACACUCCCAAAUGGGAUGGAUCUGGUGUCUCCUGUUGGAGAGCAUCACCUGCAAGAUGGUGGCAUGGGCCCUGAACUCACUGUGGCCAACUCCAAGUCACAGAAUGCAGGAGACCUUCCCAGAAAUGCUCCUCAAGCUUUGGCUUCCAACCUGGAGGAAGAGGAGGAGGCCACCAGCAUCCAGGACCCCUGGCCGGAGUUGCACUGCGACACCUUCUUUGGGAACUUUCAGGUCCAGGAUGAUCUUUUCAGUGACAUCGAGAUGUCUGAGUUUGAGAGUGUUACGUCCUCAGUGGCAAAUGGAGGAGAGCCCAGCGAAGAGGUAAAGGCAAGCCCCCUGCAUGAAGGCAAGCCCCUUUCUGACCAGGAAGUGAGUGGCAUAGCUGAUCUUGAUCACUUUGUGGAGCUCCUCAUCAAUGCGGAAUAAGCUCAAUACAAUCCCUUUGAUCAAAUUGACUUCUUUGCUCAGGGUGCAAUAUAUUCCUUGUCAUUGAAGCACAGAACCCAAGCAUUCUUAGAGGGGUCCAAAUUACUUAGCCUUACGUGUUGCACUUUAAGCUCCACCAUCUUUUGGUACUCCAAGCCUUGCCUUGAUAUUUAUGACUGCCCCCAUCAUAAAGCACUCCACAGAUAGUAUUAUUAUCAUAUGAGUUGCUACUUACUAAUGAUUGUGCCCACACAUUCCACAAUAAUGUUAAAGGGAGGGUAAAGGGCUCCUGGUCAAUUUGUGGGUGGGGCAAGAUGUUCCUGGCCCAUUCCCACACUUGUGCUAUUGGGUUUUCCUCCCACCUGUGGCUUUUUCUGUUAAAUAUUCAAGUGCCUCUUGUAGGUCAUACAAUUCUUCUUACAGCUAAAGUAUUCCUUGCAUUGGGCUAAGAAGGUAGCUGAGGCUAAUGCUCAGGCUAAUGAGUCCACUUGGCAGAUUAUGGGUCAAAACCUUCAGCGGUCUUCCAUUCACUAUGAUGAUUUGCACUUUGUCCCCAAAUCCCUCAAAGACCUGCUCUGAUUGUCAACAUACAAGGAAGAUGAUUUUGUGCAAUAUUUCAGCUGAUGUAUGUGUAACAUUCUUUGUUGAUGCCUGUUUUAGUGACUGGAUUUUCAAACUAUUUUUAAUAAGGAUUUGACAAUAAAAAAACUUUUUCCAA